CACAGAAAGCACACAACAUCGCAAUGUUGGACCAGCUCCUGGACACUUUGAACAGCAAGCCCUCAGAUCCUGUGCGGCUGCCACUCCUGAGCAGCCAUGGACCUGUCCUGAUGAUAUUGGCCACCUACCUGCUCUUCGUGAAGGUCGUGGGUCCAAGGAUUAUGCAAAACAGAAAGCCAUUCGAUCUGCGUGGUGUGAUUAAGGCCUACAACAUCAUGCAGAUCCUGUACAACAUAGUCAUGUUCGUGUUCGCGAUCCACUUCAUGCUCGGGCCUGGAGACUAUAACUUUAGAUGCAUCAAAAACCUACCGCGCGACCACGAAUUUAAGACCUGGGAACGCUGGCUUACCUAUUCGUACUUCUUCAACAAGCUCUUGGAUCUGCUAGAGACCGUCUUCUUCGUCCUGCGAAAGAAGGAUCGCCAGAUAUCCUUCCUGCACGUCUUCCACCAUGUGUACAUGCUCUACUUCUGCUUUAUGUACUUGUACUACUACGGCUACGGUGGCCAUGGGUUCUUCAUGUGCUUCUUCAACGUAAUCGUGCACAUUAUGAUGUACUCCUACUACUACCAAUCCUCCCUCAACAAGGACUCGCGGACCGAUCUCUGGUGGAAGAAGUACAUCACAAUCGUUCAGCUCAUCCAGUUCGGAAUCAUUUUGGCGCACAGCAUAUACACGCUGAGGCAGCCGGACUGUCCCUCAUCACAUUUUUCAGCAACUUGUGCAGGAAGCAUCUGCUUCGUAUUCAUUAUCUUGUUUGGCAACUUUUACUACCAAGCCUAUAUUCGGCCCAGAAAAACUGAAAACAAGGUACUUUAAGUAUGAUCGGAUCUCUAUCGAGAUUAAAAUUUUAAGUUAAGAUUUUA